GUGGCGCUAGCCCCCAGACUCGUUCUGCGCGUCUGCCAUUAGUGGAUCAGCUGCCGAAUAUAAGCUCGAGUGUUUUUGGCAGCUGAUUUGUGUAUUCUUAGAGCCGUUGCACGUCGCGAUAUAGGUUCGAUUAAUUCUCCAGCCCUUUGUCCUGGAGACGGGACCCCCCGUUGGAUCACCCAAGGGGUUAAAAUAACGCCGCGACAAGGCCCCCGUGUCUCGAUUAUCUGUCACUAGAACCCAGCACUGCUCGCUACGGUGACGUCAUGUGCUGAAAGAUCGUCGCUCGCCCGCUCGCUGGUUCUCCGAACAACGAAUAACACAGGUGCACGGCACCAGUUUCGCCUAGCUAACCCGUUGCUGCAGUUGACGAAUCGCGUUAGCUGCCUUUGUGUCGUUUUCACAACUAUUCCCACCGUUCUCUGGGCUCGCAAUACAACGAAAUCUAAAUUCGUCGGGGGUCAUCCCGCGUUUCGUGCUGGUGUUGGUGAACGGAUAAAUAUCUCAAACCGACGAGAGACACAGACACAGACGCAUCUUACAAUAAAAAAAAAAGGACAAUUGGUCUACGCGCGUGAUUUGGACAAUUUAUACUCGAAAAAUCCAUUCGAUCGUAUCUCUGUUCGCUAUCCAUCAAUCACGACGGCCACGGUGGGCAGAAACGGGAAGAACGUGCAAUCAGUCUUCUGAGGAGAAAAUCACGCUAUAAACAAAGUAGCCCAGCAAAAUACAUAAUAAACCACGAUAAUAAUGGAUUCUGAGGAAGAGACACCCUAUGACGACGUUGAUUCGGGGAACGAGUCCAGCGGUGAUGACGUCGAUUUCGCUAUGGACAUUGAGUCCGGGAAUCCCCGCGAACGAGCUACAGAUAUUGACGAUUAUCCUUUCGAAGUUUUAUCGACCGAAGAGAUCGUUCAGCAUAUGGUGGACUCGAUUAAAGACGUAAACACCGUCGUCGAGAUACCUGCAACCACGACUAGGAUUUUACUUAAUCAUUUUAAAUGGGACAAAGAGAAAUUAAUGGAACGUUUUUAUGACGGUGAUCAAGAAAAAUUAUUUGCAGAAGCACGCGUUAUAAAUCCUUUUAGAAAAGGACCCGUCAUUAACAGGACCAGAUCUUCACAAAUAUCUCUGUCUCGACGAACUUCUACAAACGGAACGGAAGAGUGUGGCAUAUGCUUUAUGACAUUACCAUCGUCGAUGAUGACUGGGCUGGAAUGUGGACAUAGAUUCUGCACAGGGUGCUGGGGAGAAUAUCUAACUACAAAAAUUAUGGAGGAAGGUGUUGGCCAGACAAUAGCCUGUGCCGCUCACGCCUGCGACAUACUAGUCGACGACGCCAGUGUUAUGAGACUUGUCAAAGACUCUAGAGUAAAAUUGAAGUAUCAGCAUCUCAUUACGAACAGUUUUGUCGAAUGUAACAGACUGCUGAGGUGGUGCCCGUCACCGGACUGCAAUAAUGCGAUAAAAGUGCAAUAUGUAGAACCAAAACCAGUGACGUGUAAAUGUGGGCACACGUUUUGUUUCCAUUGUGGAGAGAACUGGCACGAUCCUGUUAAAUGUCACUUGUUAAGAAAAUGGAUUAAGAAGUGCGAUGACGAUUCUGAAACCUCCAACUGGAUUGCGGCAAACACAAAAGAGUGUCCGAAGUGCAACGUCACCAUCGAAAAGGAUGGAGGUUGUAAUCACAUGGUGUGCAAAAACCAAAAUUGUAAAGCGGACUUUUGCUGGGUCUGCCUUGGACCGUGGGAACCGCACGGUUCCAGCUGGUAUAACUGUAACAGAUACGACGAGGAGGAAGCCAAAGCAGCUAGAGAUGCUCAAGAGAAAUCUAGGUCGGCACUACAAAGAUAUUUAUUCUAUUGUAAUAGAUACAUGAAUCACAUGCAGUCGCUCAAGUUUGAGAGCAAAUUGUACGCCAGUGUCAAAGAGAAGAUGGAGGAGAUGCAACAGCAUAAUAUGUCUUGGAUAGAGGUACAAUUUUUGAAGAAAGCAGUAGAUAUAUUGUGUUCCUGUCGGCAAACUCUCAUGUACACAUACGUGUUUGCCUAUUACUUGAGGAAAAAUAAUCAGUCUGUGAUCUUUGAAGAUAACCAGAGAGACUUGGAAAGUGCGACCGAGUGUUUGUCUGAAUACCUAGAGCGGGAUAUAACGAGUGAGAAUCUGGCCGAUAUAAAGCAGAAAGUACAAGAUAAAUACAGAUAUUGCGACAGUCGGAGAAAGGUGCUUCUGGAACACGUCCAUGAAGGAUAUGAGAAGGAGUGGUGGGACUAUACAGAAUAAAUUGUAGGGGAGGGGGGUUUUGUCAAGUUUUAUCCAAUGGAGAUGAGAUCGUGAAUCCCAAUAUAUCUCGACGUUGCCCGCCACCCAUCAUUCCCCCAUCUCCCCCAUUGCCCUCAUCCUGCCCCAGCUGUGAUAUGUCAAGAAGCUGAUAAGAGACAGAAAAUUAAAGAACAGGUCCUCGAGUGAUAAAGAAAAAUCAUAUACAUAUAUAUUGAUAUACAUUUGAUGACGAUAUGGUCCGCGUUAACGCAUCUCCAUUAACAUAAUGUUGCUAUGAUUCGAUUUUAUCAUCUUGUUAAUUAAAAUUUAACACUACCAAGAGACGAAAUACAAAGUAAUUUGAUCCAUACUUUUAUCUUGUUAGAUGAAGUAUAUAUACAAGUGUGUAUAUAUGUAUAUAUGUAUGUAUGUAUAUUUUAUAUAUAUAUAUAUAUAUAUAUAUACACAUAUAUAUACGUAUAUAUACACACCCUAUGUAUGUAUAGAUGUGUGUAAUCCGUUUCCCUCCCCCCCUCCGCCCCCCGCCGCGAGAAAAAUAUUGGACUUGACGCUGUAACAAUGCUUUAUGGAAUGCCUAAGAUCGACCGAAUGACCAUGUGUACUAAUCUGAAAAUAGUAAUUUCAAAUUUCGAGUUUCAAGUUUCCCAGUUUCAAGUUUCCCAGUGACAAAUCUGUGAGAGCUUCUUAAGGUUAAAUGAUCAAAUAAUGUGAACGUGUAGAAGUAUACUUAGCGCGUGUUCUGUAUGCAAUCUACGACUGAUCAUAACGGACUGCGAGUAGUUGCUGCAAGAUGCAAUUAUCCCAAAAUAUAUAAAUCAUUUCGAAAUCAUCAUAAAUAAUAUGAAUUAUAAUUUACACCAAAUAUUUAGCACGCACAAUUAUUAUUAUUAUUAUUAUUAUUAUUAUUAUUUUUUCUGUUGUGAUUUUUGUUUUUCAUCCUUUCUGCAGCUUGAAUUCAUUUUUGUCUUAAUCAGAUAGACCAGGUAUACAAAACUUUUCACUAACUCAGUACAGAAGUGUGGAUACCAAAGAAUAGACUUUGGUUCUCUAUUUGACAGAGUAAUUGAAACUUCCAAAAUAUUACCACUUGCACCACAUGCUAAAAGUUAACGAAAGAAAAGCAAGAAGAAGUAGCCUUCUAUGCUUGUGUAUAGAAUUUGUGAAACGUUUAGUAUGCCAAACUUGUACAGUUGGCUGAUCGGUUCGAGUGAUAUAAUGAAAAAUGUACAUUCCACCGUAAGUUUGCUGUAUUAAACUCACUUGUCAUUAUUUGUCAAGCUGAUCAUUGUUCAGAAAUGUUUCAUGUUUAAUUUCAGUUUUUCACAGAUCUGCAACCAUCGUUGGAUGAAUGUUUGCAAUGCAUGUGUAGAAAUCUUAUACAUUAUUUGUAGGUGUUUUAUUUUUGGCUUUAAAUUUCUUUUGCUUUUUCUCAAUCUCAUUUUCUGUCCCGCAAAACAUCACUAGUCAUGGGCUUUCACUGCCAAGUUAUAUGGAACGGAUUAAAUUUACGUAACUACCUAUUUACCAUCGCAUAUUAGAGUAAUGUAGUGUACUGCAGGUGGAAAGGUAAAAAAACAAAAAACUCAAAGAUUCAAGCUCAGACACUUUAAUCAUUGCUAUUAUUCUUCUCAUUAGUUAUUGUUAAUCACUUGAUCAUAAUAAUAUUUCAGGAACAAUAACGUAAAAUUGUUUCACUUGUACAGAUACAUAGUGAUAUACACGUACUAUAUUAUAUAGUAUAACGGUAAAUAAGUAAUAAUGGAAAUGAAAUAAGUUUAGAAUCUUUUGAAGAUUUAAUUAUUGAUUCUUAUGAUCAGAAAAAAUUUUGUGAGAAAAUAGUGGAUAAAAGAGGAGAAGAGAGUAAAAAAAUACUAAUUCGGUCGUUUUCUGUACAGUUUGCAAAUUUGAUUAGGAAUAAGUAAAUUGUUAUAUAUCUAUAUAUAUAUAAAAAUAUAUUUCUUUUUUCUUUUUUAAAUUAUACAUUUUGUUAUGCCUUGCGAAUUCAAGUUUGGUUUUAAAAGUGGAAGAAAGAAGAAACAAGUCUUAGCAAUUGACGAUCGGCUAAUUAUAAUUAUCACUGAUGAUAUUCCUUUGAAAAACCCGUAAUGACAAUGUGUUUUUGGCGUUCCAGCACACAACUUAAAAUCCGAUAUGUACAUUUUCAUCUCUGUUAUUUUUAUUUUACAAUAUUUCCUGUCGCCAUUAUAUCACUCUUAAAUACUAAGAUAAUGGCUUGGGUCUUGACGAUAAAGUCUAAUACUUUGGAACAGAUUGUUAUAAAUAAUUAAAUAAGAAUUUUUUUUUAUGACACGUUUUUGCCUGGAUCUUGACGAUAAAGACUAAUAAUUUGGAACAGAUUAUUAUAAAUAACUAAAUAAGCACAUUUUUUCUGUCACGUUUUUCAUGUUUCAUCCCAAAAAAAUCAAACUUUUGUCAUAAGCUCUCUGUUUUACUCUCGAAUAAAUUUUUUUUUUUUUUUUAGCUAGAAUUGAUAGACUAUUUCGUCUUUAGCAUUGUGUCUCGAUUCAAAAUUCUUUUAGAUAUUAUGAGCUUAUAAGCUUACCCUCCCCAAUUUAUCAGGAAUUAUUACACGUCGUAACUGAAGUGGUAACACGCAGAGGAAUAAGAUAAAAAAAUACUGAAUAAAACACUUAAAGUGUUCUAGUGCAGGAAAAUUGCACGUGAUUAGGCGUACACGUUUGUGGUUAAAACCCUUGUUGAAUGCGUGUACGACUGACUGAACGCUAUGGUGGCUCAUUAUGAAUGCGUAAAUGAGAUUAAGGCUUAUUUUUAUUAUUAUUAUUAUUAUUAGUAUUACUAUUAUUAUCCGGUGAUUGAAAUUAAUUGAAAAGUAAAAAUGAAGAAAGAAGCAACAACAUCCUUAGCGUCUAGUCAUUCUUCAUACGUCCAUAGAACCCAGCCUUACUUGUAAUGAAAUGAAAUAAGUUUUAUUAAUAAUAUUACGUACCUAACAACAAACAGGUCUUAAUACCGCAUUGUUUUCACUGUUUCCGAUCGGAAUAAAUCGCUUGUAAAAUAUUAAA